GGGGUACUUCGGUACCUGCCUGACGUGCGAUUCGCGUCUCGCGCACCACAAUGCACCACAACGCGAAAAAUUAUAGUGGUGUCUCGAAAUUAAUUAUAAAAAAAUUAUAAUUGAUGUUCGUCUUCUGGCUGGCUGGUUGGUUGGCCUCAGCCAGCGAAGAAACAAAGAACAUAAACAAAUUAUGUAGUGUCGUGUAAUAUAUUUCGGUACUAGAGCUAAUGUCGUGAAACAAUAUAAAAAAAAUGUGAAUAAUAAACUAUAAAAUAUUUUUUUUUGUCGUGUGCCCGUGUUCCCGUAUUCCUCAUCAUCGUUCGCGUCUCGUAUCGCAACAUUUCGUCGUCAACAUAACAACAUGUGCAAAUAAAUACAAAAAAAAAAUGUUGCUGUGCGUUUCUAAAUAUGUGAAAAAUAUAUUUUUGCCCAUCAACGUUCGAGUGUGAGUGUCGGUUGUAGCUGCUCCUAGCGCACACACAGCUCAUAAUUAUUAUUAUAUCGCAAAAAUCGUACAGCGAUUGGAUUUGUGUGCGGCUGCUGCUUACAAAUCGCACGCCAACAACAUAAACUCGCGGAUAGGGCAUCGCGGCAACAUCUUCAGACACUCAACAACUACACAUCAGAAUUAUUUUAUUACAAGGAAGCACCGCAAAAAAAUCAUCAACAAAUAAAAUUUCGAAUAAAAAGUCAUUUAAUUAGAGGAAACAACACAAGGAACAGAAAAAAAAUAUUUUUUUUUUAAAUAAAAAAAAGACUCGUCUUGUGAUAUUUUUAUAACUUUAACUUUUUGCGUGGGUCUUCAAUAAUUUUUUAACAAACUAUGGAUGAACUAGAUAAAGCCCAAAUUGCUCUCCUUCAAAAUGCCUUCAACGCCUUCGAUCAGGAGAAAAAGGGAUGUAUCGACACCACGAUGGUCGGUACGAUCCUCAGCAUGCUUGGCCAUCAAUUGGACGACGCCAUGUUGAAGGAAAUUAUCGAUGAAGUGGAUGCUGAUGGAUCUGGCGAACUGGAAUUCGAGGAGUUUGUUACUCUGGCUGCCAGAUUUAUGGUUGAAGAAGAUGCAGAAGCAAUGCAACAAGAACUCAAAGAAGCCUUCCGGUUGUAUGACAAAGAAGGCAAUGGCUACAUCACCACCGGCGUCUUGCGCGAAAUCUUGCGUGAGCUCGACGACCAACUCACAAACGACGAUCUUGACAUGAUGAUUGAAGAAAUUGAUUCUGAUGGGUCUGGCACCGUUGAUUUCGAUGAAUUCAUGGAGGUCAUGACAGGCGGAGAUGAUUAAACGACACCUCAUUCAAAAUAGUUUGUUCAUCCCCUUCUUAGUGUUUCUUUGAGAGUUCACCUCAAUAUAAAGAUCGUAAAAACUCCACUUUUUAAAUAUACAUGAUGAUGAUGAUGGUAAUAAAUGGCUCGGCAUCGUUUCAGUCACUCGGCUAAUACAAAAUGUAUUACAACAACAACAACAAUUUAACAUCUUACACCAAAAAAAAUUAUUGAAGACUAGAUUUGGGUUUUUGGUUCUGUCCAAAUCUAGUCUUUAAUAAAAAAAAAAUGAAUAAAUUAACAUAAAACGAAAAUAAUAUAAUUCAAAA